GGACGGAUGCGUUCCAUGGAGAACCGACCCACUGGAAACUUCCUGUUCUUUCUGGAAUACCGUUCGCCCUAUAAUAUGUAUGUGGAUAUAAUAACCGCCCAUUCUUCUUCCAUUCAUCGAGAAAGUAGAUAUCCCAAUCUUGUUCUUCCCCUGAUCGACGAUGCCUCGCCGAAGCUCUGGAGUAUUGACUUUCUCUGCUCAAUUUUAGGACGCACUGCCCCUCGUCCAGUAAGGAACCCGCCGCAGCCAGCUCGCUCUGCACCACCACCAGCACCUGUUCAAGGAGGAUCAGCUCUUGGAGGAAUUGGUGCCACUAUAGCAGAUGGCAUUGCUUUUGGUACUGGAAGUGCUAUUGCACACAGGGCGGUUGAUUCUGUGCUUGGCCCUCGUACUAUUCAACAUGAGAUGGUUGCCCCUCCAGCCCCAGCAGCUACUGCAGCUCCGUUGAGCAGUUCUAUUGGUUCCGAUGCUUGCAAUACACAUUCCAAAGCCUUCCAAGAUUGCAUCAACAACUUUGGGAGUGAUAUCAGCAAAUGUCAGUUCUACUUGGAUAUGCUGAACGAGUGUCGCCGAGGCUCUGGUGGUGUUGUGGGGAUCUGAUAGAGCAGAAACACCACUGCUUAGUGGGACAGGAGUCUUCAUUGAUUUUGAUACUUUUGCUGUGGAACAUUGUGUAAUAUUUAUAUGGAAUAAGGUGGUUCAUGACCGCUAUUCUUUGACAAAUCUCGAUAAACCAAAACAUGAUGAAAGAUGUGAACUGUUUUGUAUGGUUUCUUUUCAAUAGUUUUGGAUGACAUUUCUGCUGUUUUGGACUUGAA